AACUGUAUGGCUGGAAUGCAUUGAUUUAUACAAAUGAUUUGGCGAUCAGACAUUGAAGAUGGGUAAAAGAAUAAAAGAAUGUUAUGUGCCAGCUUGUCCUAACACAAGUGGCAAUACUGAAAAAACGUUCAUAGAAGUGCCCAGAGUUAAUCCAAGAAGGGUUCAGUGGUUGAAGGCAGCUAAUGUUGAAGGAAGAUGUAUAGGUCGUCUAUACUGUUGCGAGGAUCACUUUGAUGUCCAUAAAGACUUCACUAAUUUUAGAGACCACAAGCGCUAUGGAUCCAAACUAAUUUUUGUUAAUAUGAGUAUUUGUCCAAGCUUAUAUUUGGAUGAUAGUUUUUCACCUUUACUCGUGCAUGAGACUCAUAAAAAGUACAGAAGAAAAAAGAAAUCUGAUAGUGAAAAUGAUCAGGAUGGACCUAAACAUUUUCAGUUUGUUGAUGUUGAUAAAAAUACUGAUGAUGACAAACCUCAGACUACAUUGAAUACAUUUCAAUCUGAAGAAUUUGAUGUACAGUGUCAAGCUCAGGAGGGGUUGAUUAAGGAAGAACCAGUUGAAAUUGACAUAAAAGAAGAAAUGUGGCCUAUGUUAAUGCUAGAGUCUCAUCUGGAGCCAGAGGAUAAUGAGCUCAUGGAAGAUCAACCUUCAUUAAUUUCACUUUCUGAAGAUUUUAUCAUGGAAGAUAAAAAAAUCUCAAAACCUUAUACAAGAAAAACAAGAACUCAGAAAGUGCAAGUUUUGGAAGAGGAUGCUGGAGAAGAAAUUGAGUCAAAAUCACAGCAACAGCAUGGGUGUAAGUGUAACUGUAGUUUUUCAAAUGUAGGAUCCUCCACUACUGCCCCAACUUCCAUACAAGACAUGAUUGACUUUGAUGACCCUUACAAAAAGGCAGCCAUGUACUUUGACAAGUCCCAACGGCAAAUGUCCACUCUUCAAGUGAUCCAGAUGUCUCCAAAAUUCUAUUUAGGAUUGCCCAUCCACAUGAUGCACAUCUUGAAAUCGGUAAGCAUUCAAGAAAAAAUAUUUCCUUUGGAUUUGCUGAUAACCUUGACUAAAAUUCGCUUGAAUGACCCCUUCAUGAGACUCUCCAUAGAUUUUGGCAUGGGAGAAGCUCGUUCACGUAAUGUAUUUCAUGAAACUGUCCCAAAAGUGGCCAAAGCCCUGACCAAUUUGAUCAGUUGGUCUGGCCAUGGGAACAACAGACAGUUCUUUGUCAAUAUAUUUGAGUUGGAUGCUGACCCAAAAAAUCGCCUGGGCUGGUUUGCAGGCAGAGAAAAAAUCAUUGAUAAGAAUGUGGACCCCAACACCUACACCAUGAAGUGUCUGGUGUGCUACAGCAAGGAGGGGGCCAUUUCCUUCGUUUCCCGCUUAUUUCCCGCCAAGAUGGCCGAUAUUGAGGUGAUCGCCUAUUCGGAAAUCCUGAACAGUGUUCCCUCUUGGGCAGAACUGUUUCUUCUCAGUCAUCUGAAUCUGACGCACAAAAGGACCCCUGAAGGAUUGAUCUAUCUCACUGAGUACAUGGAAAAGAAUAAUGUUACUGCCUCUACCCAGGUAUUUUCCGAUGUGAUGUACAAAAGUGUAGGAAGCAGGAUGGGCGUUUUAUACAAGAUGGAUGAAAAGAAAAUUAAAGUGGACAUGAUAGAUCUUUUAAAUGAAUUUAGCAUAUUAAAGAACCACUCAAGAUUUCCCAGGCAGACAGUUGUGAUUAUGCAGGAUAUUAUAAAAAUAGUUUGUGCCCUCAUUAAUACUGAACAUUUGAAUCUGUCAUCAUGAAACAUUAUAUUGGUGGGAUAUAAAUAUUCCUUGUGUCUAUAAGUAUUUAUUUAUAAUUGAAUAAAUUUAUUGUAAUAUUUU